UCUGUGACCCGAUAUUCUGUUGUUGAUCUGUCAAAUGUGUUACAAAUAUUAUCUAUCAAGAUUUAUUUAUUUUAACGUUCAGCAGUAACGAAAAUGUAAAAAAUUUGAAAAUAACGCCAAAAUUUAAUGUUUGCCUUCUUUAUUGAAAUAGGAAAGCCAGUCAUACAAUAUCAAGGUAUAUUGCCACAAACUACAAAUCAAAACAAACCUAGUAGUGCGGUGAAGUAGGUCUUUUUUUGCUUUUUUGAUAUUUCAGUUAUGAUCGUGAUAUAGGUUUUGGAAUGUUCUUCGGUAAUCUUCUAGUAAACGAAAUGUCUUUGCUAAUCUUUUGAUGAUGUAGUCUACUUGUAUCAUUAGUAUGUCGCUAGAAAAGUCCCGUAUUGAAGAAGUUAUCGAGGAAAUCAAUUCAAAAAAUGCCAAAAAAGUGGCCCUUCUUUUGGUUAUAGGAUUUGCCUGUUAUCAUGGAUUACUUCAUUAUAGAUUUGGCACAAAUUCUUGCAAGUGGUUGCUAUCUGAUGGAAGAUAUAAGGCAGAUCAAGAAUGGCAACCAUAUGGAUGCAUGCUUCAUUUCUACAGUAAAACUGACACUAGAAGAUGUCUUCGUUACCUAGCUUACUAUGGCUCAGAAACUCACUUCGUAUUCAUAGGAGAUUCUCGUAUAAAAGAAUUAUACACUGCUUUUGUUCAACACUUGGUUCAAGAUGAAGACAUCAGCCAAAAACCAGACAGAUCUAGCAUCAAUCUAACUCAUGUAGACAACACCCUGAAAAUGAAGGUCGAUUUUAUUUGGUCUCCUCUCAUUUCAAAGGAGAUGAUAAACUCCUUCAGUUCGUGGCAAAAAUCGAUAGAUCCCCCUUCAGUAAUUAUUGUGGGCUGUGGCCUCUGGCCUAUAAUAACAUCUAAUGGAUCUCUUUCCACGUUUCAAGAAUACAAGUUGAAUAUAACGAGGCUAGUGCAACCGAUAGAUAGGCUGCAUAAGAGGAAAACAAGAAUCCUUUGGGCUUUGCAAGAGCCUGUUAACGAGGAAAAGCUGAAACCCGAACAUCGCAUGGUUACCAAUGAACAAAUUGAUCUGUAUAACAAGGCUGCGAUAGAGGUGUUGUCAUAUUCUUCUGCAGAUGUCUGGUGGAGUUUACGCUUGGUAGGGCAAGGAAUGAUUUUGGAAAGUCCGGAUGGCAUCCAUCUUGCACAAAGACCUCUGAGGCAUGAUACUCAGAUUCUACUCAAUAUGUAUUGUAAUGAUAAUAUGAACUUCAAUGACGGAACUUGUUGCAGCUCAGUAGAAACCAGGACCACUUUGCAAAUUGUGACCUUUGCAAUUCUAGGAGUAUGUGUUAUAGUGGCUGUAUUCAUGGUUCUGCAACGACUGAUCAGCGCCUGCAGAGGAAGGCCUUCCUAUCAAUACCAAAGACUUCCAGAAAACGAACACCAAGUCCAAAUACAGUCUUCCAGCUGCUUUGAACUCGUCAAAGCCAUAUCAAAAAUGGCUUUCAUACUUUCAUAUUUUUUUAUUUGUGAUCGAACUAAUUUUUUCAUGAAAGAAAACAAGUAUUAUUCGGAAUUCAGUUUUUGGAUACCGAUAGGAUAUGUGACAGUUCUUGGUUUAUUUUUCACCGAAGAGAGCAAGUUCAAUAAGGUUUUACAUCGAGACCAGUUGAAUGAAUGGAAAGGUUGGAUGCAGCUGGUACUUCUUGUAUAUUAUUUUACCGGAGCCACAAAAAUUUUGGUCAUAAACAUGCACAUAAAAAUUCUAAUUUCAUCUUACUUGUUUCUUCUGGGCUAUGAACAGUUUUGUUAUGUGUGGUACAGGAAUGACAUAAGCAUUGUGAGUUUUUGUAGAAUGCUCUUUCAGCUAAAUUUCAUGACCGUAACUUUGUGCCUUUGCAUGAAUCGGCCGUAUCAGUUCUACUACUUUGGUCCUUUACUGUCAUUCUGGUAUUUAAUGAUAUAUUGUUUUUUAGCUUUUCCUCCACAUAUCACUGCACAAAGUUCAGAAACUAACGCAAUGCAAUAUUUUUACCUUCUGAUCAAGUUUAUUUGCCUGUUUAGCGUCAUAACCAUACUUUUCAUGUCGGAGGUGUUUUUUGAGAAAGUGUUCGUUACCAGGCCGUGGAAAGCCUUGUUUGUUACCACCGAUGAUGAUAUUCACGAAUGGUGGUCGAGAUGGAAAAUAGAUCGGUACUCUGUAAUGUACGGAAUGGGCUUUGGAGUCGUUAUGGUUUUGGCAAAACGUUACAACAUCUUCGACGAUAAUAAUCAUUCCAAUCUUUUUUCCAGAGGCAUAGCCCUGAGUGCCACUCUAGCAGCUCUCAUAGGUGUAGGUUCCUACAUUAUGUUCACUUUCCUAUGUCGAAAUGAACCAGAAUGUAACGAAAUACAUUCCUAUGUCGUUUUCAUUCCAAUACUUAGUUAUAUUCUGUUAAGAAACAUUUCUGGUGUGCUCCGUACUCGCUAUUCGAGUCUUUUUGCAUGGUUCGGGGAGAUUUCUUUGGAAAUGUUUAUUAGCCAAUACCAUAUUUGGCUAGCUGCAGAUACGCACGGUGUCCUGGUACUUAUACCAGGUUAUCCUGUACUGAAUCUUAUAAUUACCUCAUACAUUUUUGUAUGCGUAUCUCAUGAAGUACAUUGUAUAACGAAGACAUUACUUCCGUAUGCUGUUCCAAAUGAUUGGAAGUUAGUUUUGAGGAAUUUGAUACUAUUUCUAGCAGUUUUGGUUCCUAUCGGUAUCAAUGAUGGUAUGUUUUAGUUUUGUGUAAAAAAUUGUUUCUAUUUAUAUUUUUUUUUUUUGAUUUAAUGAUUGAAAUUUUUUUGUUUAUACAAAUUCAGUAUAUUUUGAAGAAAAUAUAAUCAGACAUU